AUGCAGAAGAUGCUGCUUGGAGGCCAGGGCAAAGCCUGUAACAUGGGCCGCUGUGUGACCACAGCUAUCACAGGAGGCAUCACACAGCUGAGAGCUUCAUCAGCUCUCCUGUGUCUUCAAGACAACUUCUCUGUUGUUGGUGUUGAGGAGCUGGAAAACAGCAGCAAUGAGGACAAAGCAGUGCAUACCUGUGGUGCCAAAUCCUGUUUUUGUGGGAGGAUUUUUGACUGGAUGUCUCCAUGCGAAGCCUUUGGAGUCAUGACAGACUUGUGGUUAAUUUCUGUCCCUUUGGACAAGACCAGUAUAACCAGUGUGGAGAAACUCAAGCGCACCAUAGCCAAAACACAUCUGGCAUCCUGCUGCAGGUUCUCCAUUCCUGAACUCAAGGUGGGAAUACUGGACAGUCUGCUCAGCGUGUCAGAUGAUCUUUCCAAGCUUGACACACUGACUGAGAGUGUGAUUAAAAAAACACAUCAGUGUAUGAGGGAGGUGAUGGAGCAGUCUGAUGACAAAGUGCUGGAGAAUGCCUUAGCCAAUGGAGUUGAUCUGAUGAGCUAUGUGACCAAGUUUCAGUGGGACAAAGCCAGGUAUCCCACAGCUCUGCCUUUGUCCAGCCUAGCAGACAUCAUCAACAAGGAAGUUUCAUUAAUGGAGGCCGAGCUAAGAUCCCGAACUCUCGCAUACAACAGUGUGAAGUCCAGCCUGCAAAGCCUAGAGCACAAAAACCAAGGGAGUUUACAAACUUGCAGUCUGAAUAGCAUAGUGAGGAAAGAAGACCUGGUGGUGUCAGAGUACCUCACAACUCUUCUAAUACUGGUCAGCAGAGGGUGCUACCUGGAGUGGGAGAGAUCUUAUGAGUCUUUUUCUCAGUUUGUGGUUCCUCGCUCUAGCAGGAAGUUGUACGAAGAUGCAGAGGGAGGAAUUUUCUCCGUUACACUUUUUAAAAGAGCUGUGUCCGAAUUCAAAGCCAAAGCCCAGGAGAGCAAGUUCAGCGUGCGUGAUUACAGUUUUGAUGUGGAGGAGAAGAGGCAGCAGGAGAUGAAGCAGCUCAGUGUUCACAAGAAGGAACAGUAUGGAAUCUUUGUGCGUUGGCUGAAGGUGAAUUUCAGCGAGGUGUUCAUUGCCUGGAUUCACUUAAAGGCUUUGAGGGUGUUUGUGGAAUCAGUCCUCAGGUACGGGUUGCCAGUGAGCUAUCAGGCUCUUCUGCUGCAGACAGACAGGAAGCGCUCAAAGAAACUGAGAGAUAUACUCUCAUCACUCUUCAUGCAUCUGGACCCAACUGCAAAAGCUGGCAAGACAGACGUGAGCUUUGACAUCCCAGGACUGUGUCAGCAGGAGUACUCCUCCGUCAUCUGCUUCAACAUCAACAUUAAUCUGCUGGAGAUCAGCUAGCAGUCCGUAGAGGAGGAAAGAGGCACAAAGACACUAAACAACCACGAGGAGCCUGUUGUUCGGGCAGUCAGAGCCAGGAAGACCGAGACCUUUGACUCUAAAUAAAGCUCAACUAGUGAAGAGUAUAUCCAUGAAUAAAUUGGUUUUCAACAUUUCUCAUGAGCUGGAAACAACUGUGGAGCUCUUCUGACAGUGCUGUAAAUAUUCUGUGAACAGUGGAUGAACUUGGUCAUCAAAAUAAGAGAAGCACAUGGAUUAAACUUUAAGAUGAGCUGCACUUGGAACUCGAGAACCACUGACUGUAAAUGUUCAUGUUAAUGUACAGCUUUAAGUAUUUAAAAUCAUUUCUUCUACACAUCCAAAUGCCAUCUAAUAAUGCAGAUCUCAUCAGUCACAGUUGAAAAAACACUGUAGACACUUUUCAGGACAUUAUACAGUAUACUUUGUGAAGGGAAGGCAUAUCAUGACGGUAUAUAUACAGCAUCUUACCUCUUUUAACUUAUUUUAGAUCACAGUGUUUUCAAUGUAAACCUACCAUCUAUGAAAGGAGUACCAGAAUACCUGGUUAAAAUAACAGAAACCUCAGUAUAAAUAAACGUGAGCCAUGGCUUUGGGAAUCAAAGUUUAAAUGUUGCUCAAGCAGGAUCCUAAGAUUCGUAGAGGUGGUCUUACCCAUUGUUUUCACAAAUGUAUAAUUAUAGAGGUCAGUCAGAGAUCCAUUCAUUCUAUAAGAAUCUCUGUGAUAUUCACCCCUCCUAACCUCUCAUACUUUCAUCCAAAAUUUGCCACAAUUACAUUAAAAAUUUUGCCGCAAUU